CUUCUCCAACCGUGCAAGGGCGGGUGCCGGCAGUAGGCGUCUGGGAGCCCGCACAGCUGGAGCCGCAGCUGGGGGCGGGAGCGCCGGCUGGGCGCGCCCAGGCCGGGGUUGGCCCGUGGGAAGGGCGGGGUGUGCGCGUCCCCCGCGGCCGGCGCACCUCUGGGUCGGCCCAUGAUCCGGCCGGCUGCGAGCUGCGGUAUCUGGGACCGGCCCGGAGCAGCUGGGUGCUGUGCGCGGUUGGCGCGGCGGAUGCGCAGGGCCGGAGGGUGAGCGCGCGCGGCGGGUCUUGGACUGCGCUGGCACCUCUAGGUCCGGGCGGCCCUGGGCGGCAGAGGGGCCGCCGCGAUGGCAGAGGAAAAUAUUUUCCUGUUUGUGCCUAACCUCAUCGGUUAUGCCCGGAUUGUCUUCGCCGUCAUUUCUUUCUACUUCAUGCCCUGCUGCCCUCUCACGGCCUCCUCCUUCUACCUGCUCAGCGGACUCCUGGACGCUUUCGAUGGACAUGCUGCCCGGGUCCUUAAUCAAGGGACGCGGUUUGGGGCCAUGCUGGACAUGCUGACAGACCGUUGCUCCACCAUGUGUCUGCUCGUCAACCUGGCCCUGCUCUACCCUCGUGCCACCCUUCUCUUCCAGCUCAGCAUGAGCCUGGAUGUUGCCAGCCACUGGCUGCACCUCCACAGCUCUGUGGUUCGAGGCAGUGAGAGUCACAAGAUGAUCGACCUGUCCGGAAACCCAGUGCUUCGCAUCUACUACACCUCCAGACCUGCUCUCUUUACCCUGUGUGCCGGAAAUGAGCUCUUCUACUGCCUCCUCUACCUGUUCAAUUUCUCCGAGGGACCUUUAGUUGGUUCCAUGGGUCUUUUCCGAAUGGGCCUCUGGAUCACCGCACCCAUUGCCUUGCUCAAGUCCCUCAUCAGCGUCAUCCACCUGAUCACAGCCGCCCGCAACAUGGCUGCCCUGGAUGCAGCAGAUCGUAGCAGGAAGAAGUGACCCGGGAACCUGCGCCCCUGGGGCCCGCCUGCCCUGGGAGUCUGGCCUAGCCACGUGGCUCCCCUCUCCCUCUGGGAGUGCCCAGGCCCACAUCUUCCUACUGUGUUGUCCAGCCUGUUGGGAAGAGGUCAGCUCCUCAGUGAUGUCAUGUUUUCCAUGAUCCUAAGGACCAAUUCCACCCUGUGAUCCUGGGGGACCUGGACUUCAGAUCAGGAAGGCUGCUCGGUGGCCCUGCCAUGCGAGCAGAGCUCCGGAGGUGCCAGGAGGCCUGAGAACUGGGCACUGUCACCGCUGACUCAAUCUUGGAGUCUGGUUUGGCCCAAGACUUUAAGAUGCUUGGGUAAAGGAGGUGGGGUGGGCCAGUUUCCCAAAAGGAGGGGAUAUCUGUCCCUGGCCAGAGGAAGCCUGGGUGCCAUACCUGGGAGCAAAGGGGCCGUCUAGAUCCUUCCCCAUUGCCAUCUCCUUUCUGUCUUGGCUCAAUAAAACCUGGGCUUCACUCUCC